CGAAUACUCUACUCGUAGCAGAGACGCGUAGACGUCGCGCGUGACCUCGCCCUCGGCCUCUAUGCCUUAUCUUUAUCACUUAUCACUAUUUUUGCCGAUAACCGAACAAAAUCAGCGAUAUGACCGCCACCGAAUACCAAUCGUAAACGUAUCAACUUUAUAUCCUUGAUGUUAAUAAAAGCGUAUGGUAAUUGUGCAUUUAUAUUCAGGUACUCCAGUCUCGUACCUUUGUACUCGUAGUAAUUGCAGGUGAUUACUGCAUUUUCGCGUCGCGUAGGUCGCUGUUUACUCAUUUGAUGUGUAGGUGGUGAUUAUGGUGCUUUGAACAGUGUGGACCUGGUGGGUGUUUUAUUUCUAAUAAACAGCCUCACGAUUGGUCGAAGAUGGAUCGGACAAUGUACGGCAAGGUGCUACCAGGCACUUAUUACCCAUUCCGCUGCGCUAUGAAGGAGAACGGAAUAUCGCCGGGCUAUGCCCUACUUGCUGACCUGCAGAACUCCAUCCAUCCUGGCGGUCGUGUGGGCAGCCCAGGCGGUCGUACCGGGUCUCCGGGUGGGCGUACCACUUCCCCUGGCAGGACUAGUUCACCAGGCGGCAGGGGCUCUCCAGGACGACUGAGCUCGCCAGGCGGUAGUCUCAGUUCGCCUACUUCGACCGGAUACGGUUCCAUUAAUGGAUCGAGGAAUAUCAGCUCGGAUUAUAUUAAACCUUCUUCACCCACCUACCAGAACACGAGUGGUGUCCAUGAAAAAGUGAUUCCCGUGAAAUACACCGGCUCUCAAUCCAAUUAUGGCAGCCAGUCGCCCGGAUAUAAUGCCGGAUCGCCCGGGUACAACGCCGGACAGUCUGCCGGGUAUGGUCGGACGACCGGCGGCCGCGGCAACAUGUCCGAGUUGGACACCCUACUCGAUGAUCUCAGCAACGCCAGAUACGGCAACUAUGGGGAAAAAACAUCGACGUACAAUGAAAGGACUGAUGGAUAUGCACGCACUAAUGGCGCCACUAGUCCGGCAUCGUCCCGGCCGACCGUGGACUCGCUCCUCGAUCAGCUUAGCACAGACAUACCUAAUGGUCGCUCAUCAACAUCGCCAAUUCCACCAUCGUCCGGCACGCUUCCACGGCCAGGCACCAAGCAGGUGACGGUUACCGUCCAAGAGACCGUGGUGGAGCCUGCGCAGGCGCAGCAGCAACCCCCGACGACGGUGGCGCCCCACCGCCACCACUAUCACGCCUCCAGCGCCACUAAGGAGCUCGAUGAUCUAAUGGCAUCGCUCUCUGACUUCAAAGUAAGCGGCGCAGGAGGAGAAGGCGGAACUCACGUGUAUCGGGAGAAACGCGCGUGGCAAGAACACUACCGCAGUAGCCCGCGGCAACCCGAAUCCGCCUCUCUCGAGCAUAUGCUCGGAUCCCUCCGGGCAGACAUGAGCCGCCAAGGAGUACAAACCCCCCAGAAGGGAUGCUGCAAUGCGUGCGAAAAGCCCAUCGUCGGACAGGUCAUCACCGCUUUGGGCCGCACGUGGCACCCUGAGCACUUCACUUGCGCUCACUGCAACCAAGAGUUGGGCACAAGAAAUUUCUUCGAACGCGAAGGCAGACCUUAUUGCGAACCGGACUACCACAACCUGUUCUCGCCGAGAUGCGCAUACUGCAACGGUCCUAUCCUUGAUAAAUGUGUGACGGCUUUGGAGAAAACAUGGCACACAGAGCAUUUCUUCUGCGCUCAGUGCGGUCAACAGUUCGGCGAAGAUGGCUUCCACGAGAGGGACGGGAAGCCUUACUGCCGCGCUGACUACUUCGACAUGUUCGCGCCAAAAUGCGGUGGCUGCAAUAAGCCCAUUAUGGAGAAUUACAUAUCCGCGCUCAACACACAAUGGCAUCCAGAUUGCUUCGUAUGCAAGGAAUGCCGCGAGCCAUUCCACGGUGGAUCAUUUUUCGAACACGAGGGACAGCCCUACUGCGAGACACAUUAUCACGGCAAGCGCGGCUCGCUCUGCGCCGGCUGCCACAAACCCAUCGCCGGCCGCUGCAUCACAGCUAUGUUCAGGAAGUUCCACCCUGAACAUUUUGUAUGCGCAUUUUGCCUCAGGCAACUCAACAAAGGCACUUUCAAGGAACAAAAUGACAAACCGUACUGCCACGCUUGCUUUGACAAGCUGUUUGGAUAAAACGAUCAGUAAUAUAUUGUUUUGACAAAAGAUGGCGCUGUUUAACAAUCGAUCGAUUGAUAAAUAUCGAAAUUAGUAUCAGUAUUUAAUUGUACACUGAAUGUUAGUGUAUAAAAAUAAUACGAUAUGCCUAAUCUAUAUGAAUUUACGGCCCAUUUGAAUUUAUAGUUCUUUUUUUAGAAUUUUACGCAAAAUUGAAGGCAGCCUAAUUUUUUUUUUAAUAAAGCAGGCUUAUUUUAAAAUGUAUGAUAAAUAUAUGGUAUAUUUUUUUAAUUUUAUAACAAAUUGCACACAUCUGCAAUGUAACUGGCACAAUUUAAUAAUACAAAUGGCCUUUAUCAUGUUUACUUUAAUAUUGAUAUGUAGAUAAAUCAAUUUCUUGUAUUUCUUCUCUGUACGGUUAGCACCAAAAGUCGAUAUGAAAUAAAAAAAAUAUAAAAUUUUCAAAACGUCUAGCCAUUCAUCCUGUUUUGAUUUACAAAACGUAUGUUGACGAAACUUUGCUGUUAAUCUUGUUAAGGAUGUUUUUGAGGUUAAUUGAUUUUUGUUGCUUACCGUAAGUUUUUCUUACGUAAUACUUGAUUAUUCGUUAUCAAAUAUGUAAUCAGAGUCCGUUCUGUACUAAUCUCUUCGUUGAAAACAAUAAUUUAUGGUUGCGUUAUCUUUCAAGCUAUCAUUUAUUAAAAAGAAUAUAUGAUUUAUAUUAUUCAUAGAUUAAAAAAAAAUCUACCAAUAGCUUUUGUUUAAAACAAAAAUUAUAAAUAGUGAUUGGACGGUUAACUAAACCAACUCCAUCGGAUAAUUACCUGUUAAUUUGAUAAAUGGAUUUCCAUAUCUCGUGACCAUUUGAGUGUUUAAUCAAGUAAAAUGUACUUAUAUUUGGAUCUAUGAGUUGGCAAAUGCAUCAAUGCAUUAUAUUUUUCUGUUAUAUCAGCAUUAAUCAAAUGAAUAAACAAACUGUAUUGCAUUAUUGAUUUUAUUGGAAAAUCCUCUUGUAUUGCAUUAUUUUGCAUUAAUUUGUUUAUGGAUACAUCAUGAUGAUUUCAUUGCAAAAAAAAUAUUUAAAUCAAGUUUAUCUGUUUUUUUUUUUUAUGUAAUGUCAUAUUUUUUUUAUGUUUUAUAAAAUUCUAGAAAUAUAGAUAGACUAAUGUAAAAUAAAAAGUUUCUACGGCAAAUCCAAUCAAUGCCUUUUUAAAAUUGACACUUCUUCAUUGACGUAAUAAAGAAUAAGAGUGUCUGUAUUUAACAAAAUUGAAUCGAACGAUACAAAUUUUAAGCCAUACAAAUUAAUGUACAAUUAAGAUUUGUCACGUAGGCCUUCGGGAGGUUUAGAGAUACCAUAGUUAUCUGUGACUUAAUAUGUCUAACUAGUGCAUGUGAUGGACUAAUUUACAAUGUUUGUACUAAAAUUGUUCUAAAAUUAGAUGUCGAGAUUCUGGACGUCUCUCGGGAAAUUACGUGAUGUGCAAUUAGUAAUAAGUGUCGCAGACAAUUAAAAUGUAGCUAAUAAGAGUUGUUAGUAAGAUUUCUAAAAUCAUUAUGUUUGUGUAUUAUAAGGUAAUGUUGUGAAGUCAUUAUUGUUAUCGUCUGGGAGCCUCCGUUAAUUUGUAAUCGAAACAGCGAUUAGUUCACUCUAUUUAUUUGGCUGCGUACCUACUAUGAAAAUUAUCUCAAAUUUCCUAAUAAGACUAUCUUUUAAACUACCAAGAAUUUUUUUCUGAUAUUUCGGGAUCGAAAUACGAAGUGGGUGCUGAUUAUUUAGGUGAGGUGGUUUUUAAAAAAGUGUAUCUCCAAACCACUACCUCUGUGAGAAUUAAUAAUAUUUGAUAAAUCUCCUUGCUUGAGAUUUAUAUUAUUAAAUGUACUCGAUAUGUUAAUAUAUUUCAGUUCAUUUGCUUAUUUCAAUGGAAUUAAAGGAGAUGACUCACUAGAGGGAGACUUUGUACAAAAGUCGAUUGCUUGGGUACCUCUGUCCCAUUCGUGUUUCAACCGUAAAGCGUUGUGUUUGCAUGGCUGUUUCGGUUUGAAGGGUGGGAUAUGGCGUGAAUUUACAGGGUACAGAGGAAUAACAUCUGAGUCCUCAGGAAUGGCAACGCAUGAGGGGUAUCAUGGGCGAAACAGUGUACUCUGUUAUGUCGAUGGUACUGCUCAUGUCUAUAGGCGACGGUUAUCACUUUCCAUCGUGUGUGCCGUCAGCUUGUUUGCCAUUCUAAAUUGUAUAAAAAAAAAUAUAUUAAAAAGUCGAUGUAAUAUUUGGUGAGAUUUUGACAAAAUGCUCUCCUAUUGUUUAAAAUGGAUGACCAUUCAAUUUGGUGUACUAAUUUUGCAUAAUGCUGGAACAAACAUACACAAUCCAUACAGAAUACUGUAUGUAUGUAUAAAAUAUUUUUAGAAGAUAUAAUGAAAAAAUGUUGAAAAUGAAAAAUCGAUUUAAAUUGAGCCUUCUUACAUAUAAAAGUUCGACCCGAAAGUUCGGAAUUAUGUUUCAUAUUUUUAUGUAUACAAUUAUGUAUGAUAAAACAUGUUCACAAUAUUUCCAAUAUCUAUGAGUAAUUAGUGAAGUCGGAUGCUAGUUAGUAAUGGUUAAAGAUAAUAUAUAUAUAUAUAUAUAUAUAUAUAUAUAUAUAUAUAUAUAUAUAUAUAUAUAUAUAUAUAUAUAUUAGAAUAAAAAACCCCCAUUAUAUUAUGUGACAAAUACAAGUGUUUUGUGUGUAUUUCAUCGAAUAUGAGAAAGUUAAAAUUAAAUGGACAUUACAAAGUAAACGCAAAUUUAAAAUUAAUCUAACAGACUAUUUGUAGCAAUUGUUUGUAAAUUCUUAAUUUCGAUGGUACUCGUCUUACUUAGUGUACUGUGAAUGUUUACUGAUUGAUUAACAAUCGCUAGAUGCAUUUUCAGUCGACUAGUAAUACAUGAAACUACUAUUAGUUGAAACAGCAUAUUAUUUGUUUGUUUGUUUGUAACACUGUUGUACAGUAAAGUGUUAAAUUAUAGGAUACAAAGUUCUUGAGAAAAGAAUGAGUACAAUGGCGGACUUAUUACCCAAAAAGGUUUUUUUCCAGUCAACCUUUGAAUGUCUGACGGAAAUUGUGCAUACAUUGUUUUGUCGCUGUGAUUAUUUCUUGUAAUUGUUUGUAUCUAUAAUAAGUUUACUAUUGUAAGUUUUUGAAGGAAACAAUAAAGAGUAUCUAUCUAUCUAUCUAUCUAUAUUGCUUAAUAAAUGCUGAUGGAACGUUAAUUAUUACCAUUGUUAUCACGAGUUCUCGUUAUUACGAAUUCUCGUUAUUACAAAUUCUCGUUAUUAUCACUAAAUGGACCGUUUGAUUUUAAAUUUCUUAAUAUACGAUAUGCUUCGUUCAGUCUCACAAUUUAAUGGUUAAGUUGAAAUGUAUUCUUCCAUUAGAUUAAUUAUUCCCGCUGUACAGUUAUUUGCUACGUUGUUAUAUAAAUAUUAUUACUCCAAUUAGUUGUAGUUAUCGCUUGCAGUCUGCUCGUUAGGUGUGCCAAAGUUUAUUGGGCAGUUAGGUGCGUUUCACGAAAAGAUAAAAUUGUACUAAAAAUAAAAUUAUUAAAGUUCAAUAUUCAAUGAACACUUUGUGAUGUUUUUAAAUAGAACCUUAAAAUUUAUGUCGUUAAGUUUAAUUUUAUUUUUAGUCCAAGGGCAAACAAAGUAGGUGUUUAUUUCGUGAAACAAUGACGUUUACCACUGACAACUGUUCACGGUCGAAUAUUAAAUUUAUAAUGUACAAAACACUGAAUUCUUAUUAGGGUUUCUUCAGGGUCUGCAACGCGUACAUGACACCUUUAAUGUUGUAGGAGUCCAUAGGCUACAGUGAUCGUUUCCCAUCAGACGGUCUGUGUGCUUGUUUGCCAUAUUUGUGGUAUAAAAAAGUCUAUCUAUUGCACUUUUUUAUUUAUUUAUUUAUUAUACAUAUAAAAACUCUUAAAAUAAUGUUUAUACUGUAUAACAAAUUAAAUAUUCUUUCUGUAUAAUGCAUAUUCGCCAAUAUAAGAUAUUAAUUGAAUCUGCUCGCGUUCAACAGGCCGAGGCACGCAGUCAGACUGGCGCUCGUGUCACAGCCGCUCAUGAUUAAGAAUCACGACUUGGUCACGAAACUAGUCGAGCUUUCUCCUAAUUAUACGUAAAUUAAACCGGUAGUUAUUACAUUAAAAUAUGUAAGAAUUUAAUUCUGAAUAGUUGACAUUCAUUAUGUAAAUAUCCACCAACACGUUUUAAAUAAAUAAUAUUAUAAUAUUGUUUAAAUAAACUACGUAGAUAAGAGUGUCUACGUAUAUUUCGUAUGGCAGAGAGCUAUUAUAUUGUUAUUACAUUUCAUUGGAUUUAUUAUUUGUUCAAUUGGUCGUGAACAGUUGUCAUUAUCGCUUGGUUGGCUUGAUAACACGUUGAAACAGUGUGGGAGUGUGGGUUACAUUAACCGCGAGUCAAAAUGAUGGUAGAUAGCCAGUAAAUUAUGUAUUUAAUCUGUAAGAGACAUGAUUUUAUUGAAUCUGUAAUAUUUUAACAAAUAUAUUUAAUGUUUUUUUA